AUGCUUCCUGUUCUGGUGUACCUGCUUGAAGAUGCUGCUAACAACUAUGCCAGGGGGCAUUACACCAUUGGCAAAGAGAUCAUUGACUUGGUCCUUGACAGGAUUCGCAAAUUGGCCGACCAGUGCACAGGUCUCCAGGGUUUUCUGGUCUUCCACAGCUUUGGUGGUGGCACUGGCUCUGGCUUUACAUCCUUGCUGAUGGAGCGCCUGUCCGUUGACUAUGGCAAGAAGUCCAAGCUGGAGUUCUCCAUCUACCCAGCUCCCCAAGUAUCCACAGCUGUCGUUGAGCCCUACAACUCUAUUCUCACCACCCACACCACCCUGGAGCACUCCGACUGUGCCUUCAUGGUAGACAACGAAGCCAUCUAUGACAUUUGCCGACGAAACCUUGACAUUGAGCGCCCCACCUACACCAACCUCAAUCGCCUUAUCAGCCAGAUCGUGUCCUCCAUCACAGCUUCCCUGCGAUUUGAUGGUGCCCUGAAUGUAGAUCUGACAGAAUUCCAGACCAACUUGGUGCCCUACCCUAGAAUCCAUUUCCCUCUGGCGACCUAUGCUCCAGUCAUCUCUGCUGAGAAAGCCUACCAUGAGCAGCUUUCUGUAGCAGAGAUCACUAAUGCAUGCUUUGAGGGAUGUGGGAAGUAUAAGCUCUACCUUUUCCUUUCCAUCGUCAUUAAGCUCAUCACUGCAACACCGGAGGUUCGUUGA